AUGGCGGAGCUGGAGUUGCAGAAAAUGGAGAAAGGGAAGGACGGCGGAAAGGAUGGGGAGAAGGAAAAGGAGAAGUUCGAUGCGCAGGCGGAGUUCAACAAGCUGCUGGGCGGUUCUCGUGCGGGGGGCGCGUACAUCCCCCCAGCGCGACUCCGCGCUAUGCAGGCAGCUGCCACGACGGACAAGUCCAGCCCCGAAUACCAGCGGCUUUCUUGGGACGCUCUGAGGAAGUCAAUCACUGGUAUUGUCAACAGGGUUAACGUUGCGAACAUCAAGCACAUCAUUCCCGAGCUGUUCCAGGAGAACUUGAUUCGCGGACGCGGUCUGUUUGCGAGGAGCGUGAUGAAGGCGCAGGCCGCCAGUUUACCAUUUACCCCCGUCUUCGCUGCUCUGGUUGCCGUGAUCAAUACCAAGCUGCCUCAGGUCGGAGAGUUGGUGCUGACGAGGUUGAUCAGUCAGUUCAGGCGGUCAUUCAAGCGUAAUGACAAGAUUGUAUGCCACUCGACGACCACUUUCAUUGCCCACCUCGUGAACCAAGGCGUUGCACAUGAAAUUAUCGCCCUUCAAAUCCUCGUCCUCCUGCUCGAACGCCCGACAGAUGAUUCGAUCGAAAUUGCCGUCGGGUUCAUGCGGGAAGUCGGCGCAUUCCUCGCUGAGAACUCUCCGAAAGCGAAUGCCACCGUUUUCGAGCGCUUCCGUGCCGUGCUGAACGAGGGAUCGAUCAGCCACCGAGUUCAGUACAUGAUCGAGGUACUCAUGCAGGUGCGGAAGGACAAGUACAAGGACAACCCCAUCAUCCCCGAAGGUUUAGACCUGGUCGAGGAGGAGGAGCAGAUCACUCACCAGAUUCAGCUGGAGGAAGAACUGCAAGUGCAGGAGGGACUGAAUAUAUUCAAGUUCGAUCCUAAUUAUCUAGAGAAUGAGGACAAGUAUAAGCAGAUCAAGGCUGAGAUCCUCGGUGAGGACUCGGAUGACGAGUCGGGCUCUGAGGAGAGUGAAGAGGAAGAGGACGAAGAAGAAGUGGAAGCUAAGGAGGGCAUCGAGGAUCGCACGGAGACCAACCUUGUCAAUCUGCGCCGCACCAUCUACCUGACCAUCAUGAAUGCAUUGAAUUAUGAAGAAGCUGUGCACAAGUUGCUCAAAAUCCAACUCAAAGAAGGCGAAGAGAUCGAGCUCGUGAACAUGCUUAUCGAGUGUUGUUCGCAAGAGCGAACGUACUCCAAGUUCUACGGCCUCGUAUCUGAGCGCUUCUGCAAGCUCAACCGCGUGUGGGAAGAAUGUUUUGAGCAAGCGUUCGCCAACUACUACAACACCAUACAUCGGUACGAGACGAACCGGCUGCGCAACAUCGCGCGGCUCUUCGGGCACCUACUCGCCAACGACGCGAUCUCGUGGGCGGUCUUCGAGUGCAUCAAGAUGAACGAGGACGACACGACGUCGAGUAGCCGUAUCUUCGUGAAGAUCAUGAUGCAGGAAGUGAUGGAGAGCAUGGGCCUCAAGAACCUCGCAGAGCGGUUCAAGGACCCGGAGAUCAGGAUGCAUUGCCAAGGGAUGUUCCCGCUCGAUAAUCCGAAGAACACGCGGUUCUCGAUCAACUACUUUACAAGUAUUGGGCUGGGUAUUGUCACGGAGGAGAUGCGUGAGCAUCUGAAGGUACGUUGUUUGACUCCCCGCAGUUUGGUGCCAAGUUGCUGA